CAAAGGAGAUUUCUAGAGAAUGAGGGUACUUGUCUUUGUUAUGGGGGUGCUAGAUCUUCCUGCUUCCUUUCUCAGCCAUUUGCUUCACUUCAGCUAACUCUUAUCAGAUAAGGUCCAGCUAUGAUAGAUAAAUGACGCAGACGAUAGGAUUACUCAGUAACCCUGGCACCCUUUAAAAAUCUGGUUAGCUAGAGCCCACAGCAGAAGCACCGGAGUCCUCAGUCACCAUGAACAUCUUCCUCCUCUCCGCUCUGUGCCUCUGUGGACUGACCACUCUGGUUGGCAGCAUCACAGUUCAGGAUGGGGACUUCUCCUACCCGCUGGAGUCUGUGAAGAAACUCAAGGACCUGAAACAGAGCGGGCUGAGGUUCCGGAGGGUCCAGGACUAUGACGUCUACCUGUGCAACAACCCGGAUUUUCCCAAGGACCUGAAACCCAUCUGUGCCCAAUCUGACGCCGCAGCGAUUUUCCAAAGACUGGGAGCCAUCGCUGAGGACUCGCACUCGUGUGAGAUCUGUGCCUUCGCCGCCUGUGCGGGCUGUUAGCCGCGGAACUGUGGCUGGAUUCUCGCCCCUUCCGCGCUGCUUCUGCCCUCCUGUCCCUCUCUGGGCCACCACCUCUACCCCCUGUCUGCAGUUCACUCAGGAGUCUGGCGAGGCGGGCUCACGUGUCCCAGCCAGUGACCCUCAGCUCUAGAUGCCCUCCGACCUGGGGGCCGGAAAGUGCCCGCUACAGGCAGAGACCCCUCCCCACCACCUAGGGGAUCACGGCUGAGGCAGAGGGCAGGGUUGGGGUCCCGGGGAGGGGAGGAGAAAUGGGCCAGCACCCAGUGCCUCGGAUUGGAUCUGUGACUCACCUACUUCGUAAAUAAAA